UUGUCUCGCCUUCAAUAUCCUGGGCCAGGGUCUAUUGUAUCCAGGCGGACUUCAAGGGGAGUUACUUUUUAUAUAGGGACGACGGAGUGACAAAAUGGAGGUACUGGGAAUUACUAUUCCGUUAUGGCUAGUACUGAGCCUAGCCAUGCUGGUUCUGUAUACAUAUAUGAUGAGUCGGCAUCAUGGCACCUUUAAGAAGCUCAACAUCCCUGGACCUGCACCCUGGCCUAUCAUCGGAAGUUUGUUAGAGAUGAGUAAAAUUGGAAUACACGAAUUUCAUCAUGAUUGCAUGAAAAAAUAUGGAAAGGUUUUCGGAUUUUAUGGAGGACUUUCACCACAAACACUCGUCAUUGGUGACAAGGAAAUUCUAAGACAAAUUCUCGUAAAAGACUUUGCAAAUUUUCCGGACCGAAUAGUUAUGAAAGGUUUAAACGGUGACUUGGAAACUUCUGUUCUAGUCUUAAGUGGGGAUCACUGGAAACAUGUGCGUAAUAAAAUAACUCCAGCAUUUUCCACUGGGAAACUGAGAAAGAUGUUUCGACUUAUGGAUCAUGCCAGUAAUACAUUGACGGAAUCACUAAGAAGGAAGGUGAGGGACGGAGACGGGGUGACAGAAAUGACAGAGAUAUAUGGAGCCUAUGCUAUGGAUGUGAUAUGCUCCACAGCUUUUGGUAUUCAGGUGGAUUCACAAAACGAUCCUAAUGACGAAUUCGUUGCCAACGCAAAGAAGUUUUUGAAUGUGAAUUUCUCUUCUCCAAUCCUCGUUAUUGCAAUGUUUUUCCCCCAUCUGAAAUUCUUGGUACGUCUCUUGGGAUGGUCAUUUGCUGACAAAGACGUUCAAGCGUUUUUCCGGAAAGUAACAACCAAACUUCUUGGCGAACGUGUUGCAGGGAAUAAGGAACAUGCAGAUUUUCUUCAGUUGAUGAAAAAUGUACAGCAGGACCACGACGAUUCUGAUGAAGAAGAGGAUAACGACAAUGAGAAAAGUAGUAUUCAAAGACCGUCGUCUUUGAACAGAAAAGGUAUCUCAUUUGAUGAAAUCCUUGGAAAUGCAGAAAUAUUUUUCUUUGCUGGUUACGAGACCACUUCAAUAACACUAACAAUGGCUUCAUACUACCUCGCCUUGUACCCAGAGUACCAGGACAAGCUCCGUCAGGAACUGGCCGACAAGAUUGGCUCGAAUCCAAUUACAUAUGAAAACAUAUGUCAGGUCGAAUACUUAGAGAUGAUUUUCAACGAAACGCUCCGGAUCCAUCCGCCAGCUGCAAACACAGAUAGAGUAUGUGUGAAAGAAACAGUGAUCAACGGUGUCCGGAUUCCGGCAGGCAUGCAUGUUCAUAUUCCAAUAUACUGCGUUCAUCACGAUCCCGACAACUGGAAAGAUCCGGAAAAAUUCAUCCCGGAAAGAUUUGCCGAUAAUUAUGACCCAAUGACCUUCCUCCCGUUCGGGUAUGGACCCAGGAACUGUGUUGGAAUGAGACUUGCACAGCUGGAGAUGAAAAUAUCACUAGCGAAAAUCGUUAGUCAUUUCAGGAUUUCCGUUUGUGGUGAAACACAGAUUCCUCCUGAAGUUGAAAAGCUUGGGCUGUUGAAAGUUAAAUCUCUUAAACUUAAACUGGAGGAGAUCUGAUCUUCAUCAGGGUCGUCUCAAACGGGACAGAUUUGAAAACAAACAAGAACAAAAAAGAAGACACGAACCAGAACAUCGAUGAUACUUGGACUGACAUAGGAUUUAAGAGUGAAUUUGUAUGUUUAUAAGAACUAUAAUUAUAUCGUUUUAUUACUGUUAUGAUAUGAACACGUCCUUACCAUAUAUGGAUAGGUUUAUCGACAAUGCCAGUGUGAUUCUGUCUAUUACUGUUAUGAUAUGAACACGUCUUUACCAUAUAUGGAUAGGUAUAUCGACAAUGCCAGCUUGAUUCUAUCUAUUACUGUUAUGAUAUGAACACGUCCUUACCAUAUAUGGAUAGGUUUAUCGACAAUGCCAGUGUGAUUCUGUCUAUUACUGUUAUGAUAUGAACACGUCUUUACCAUAUAUGGAUAGGUAUAUCGACAAUGCCAGCUUGAUUCUAUCUAUUACUGUUAUGAUAUGAACACGUCUUUGCCAUAUAUGGAUAGGUAUAGCGACAAUGCCAGCUUGAUUUUAUCAAUUACUGUUAUGAUAUGAACACGUCUUUACCAUAUAUGGAUAGGUAUAGCGACAAUGCCAGCUUGAUUUUAUCAAUUACUGUUAUGAUAUGAACACGUCUUUACCAUAUAUGGAUAGGUAUAGCGACAAUGCCAGCUUGAUUUUAUCAAUUACUGUUAUGAUAUGAACACGUCUUUACCAUAUAUGGAUAUGUAUAUCGACAAUGCCAGUGUGACUAUUUAUCUAUUGUGAAGUAUUGUCCAUAUAAUCAAACAUAAUAAAAUGUAAUCGGCACAUAAAUAAACAUAUAUAUAUACAUGGAUGACUACCA